AUGGAAGGCUUACAGGUUUUGUCGCUGGGCAUGUCAAGAACCGGGACAGCUUCAAUGAAAGAAGCUCUCCGCAUUCUUGGUCAUGAGCGUGUGCAUCACGCAUAUGAACUUUACAAACACCCUGAGCAAGGCCGAAUAUGGCUCGAUGCCUGGGACACGAAGGCAAAGGGCCUGGGUCAAACUUUAGACCGUCAUUAUUGGAACAAAUUUCUGGAUGGAUACACCGCUGUUACAGAUAUGCCGGCUGUAUGUUUCUCCAAGGAGCUCAUCGACGCCUAUCCAGAAGCAAAAGUCGUGCUUGUCCAGCGAGAGGAAGAAGCAUGGCUUCGCAGCUUCCGCACAGCGGUGAUAGAUACCUUCUUCGAGAAUGCAUUUAUUUCAGCCUUGGUGUCGACUUUCGAUCGCAAGCUUAUGCGGCCUGUUUAUCUCCUCUGGAAACGUCUAUUGGCUUCAGACGAUGGUUUUCUUGAAAGCGCGACAAAGGAGCAAGCAGAAAAGAAAUCGCUUGAUGUCUACCGGAGACAUAAUGCCCUGGUAGAAGCCAAUACGUCCCCCCAGAACCUGCUGCAUUUUGAUCUAAAGGAUGGUUGGGAACCUCUGUGUACGUUUCUUGGUAAAGAAGUACCACAAGUCCCAUUCCCGAAUAUUAACGAGGGCGAUGCUGUCAAGGACAUUCUCGCGGCCUUCACCAGGAAGAGUAUUCUUCGAGCCUCCCGAAAUAUUAUUGCUGUCGUCUGCAUCAGCUACGCAGCUGCUUAUUAUUUAUGCCUUUGA